AUGGGGUCGGUGAGUUGGUCUUUCUUGGUGGUGAAGGUUGUUGCGUUCGGCGCACCCAUCACCGCUGGGAGGGCAUCGGGCUUCCCCGGGCCCCCCAACCUCUACGUUGGACCCCGGUGGCUGCCCCGACGCGGUGCCGAAUUCUGCUUACGUCCCCGCCACUGCUGGAGUCUGUGGACACUGGUCGCUGACCACACCUGA